CGCAACAAGCAGUCGAGCAAGUAAAGCUAGCUCUCAUCAAGCUAAUAGCAUCGCGCCGCUUUCCACAGCUCCGAUCCUGUGCAAUGGCACCUAGAGCGCCCGCUCUUCUUCUCGCCGUCGCCGUGGCCGCCGCGGCGUGCGUGGCAGCCUCCGCCCAGAGCAGGCUUGGCAGGAUCGUCGUCUCCGGCGUUGUGCCGUGCAACACUGGCACGCUGAUCGACGUAGCCUCUUCCCCGGCAUUUCCAGACGCGAAGGUGGAGCUGCGGUGCGGCGGCGGCGCGGUGGCGCGGGCGACGACGGGCCGCGACGGGUCGUUCCAGAUGGAGGCGGACGCCGUGGCCGGCGCGCUGGGGGCGCUGGUGGGCGCCUGCCAGCUGGUGGUGGACACGCCGCUGGCCAAGUGCAACGCGACGCUGCCGGCGGCCGGGGCGCUGGUGUCCAGCCUGCAGGGCCCGCUGCCCGGGAUGCUCGGCAGCGUCUUCCGACUCGCCCCUGCUGGAUUCUCCUUCCGCAUGAACUGAUGAUAUGAUGGAUGAUCUCUCUGAAACUUGAUGAUGGGUGCAUCUAAAACAAAUGAGAGCGAGUAAUGAAUAAGCUAAACAAAUAAACGAACUUAUUACAAUGUAUGCUGGUGAUGACUGAUCAUAGUUACCAGACAAGUAUGAUGAAAAUGGAAUCAUCUGCUCAGGCACCCGUAGUUCUGUUUCUGAUGAUGCUUUGUUAGCAAUCUGCAGAAAUUGGGAUAUUUCCUCUUAAAUGAAAGGCAGCGCUCCUGUCAUUAGUUCGAAAA